UUUUCUGUAGUGUUCAGUUGGAGGGGACGAGUGCUUGGUCGACAUUUUAGCGCUGCAUCAUCAGGACUGACGUGGGGACUACGUGGCUCGAGCCAUCCACUCCUACCAUAAUUAGUGACGAGUCUGACUACGUAAUUUAUAACUUUGUCCGAUGACCAUGGACACAGAGGUUGCGUCGUCAAAGCAGGAGGGACGUUUUGAUGACUCUCUGUCUGAUGAGGAUCCAAGUCAGAGUGAAUCCAACUCACCCACUGCAGUAAUCACUCAGGUUCCAGGAACAGGAGACUCCGCGGGCAUGACAGUGGUGCAGUUACCUAGUGGGCAGACACUUCAUGUUCAGGGUGUCAUCCAGGCUCCUCAGGCCUCUGUCAUCCAGUCACCACAGAUGCAGAAUGUACAGAUAACCUCCAUAGCUGGGCUUGAAGAUGGGGAGUCAACAGCCACAGACACACAGAAAAGAAGAGAGAUUCUCUCAAGACGCCCAUCUUAUCGAAAAAUCCUCAAUGAGCUAUCAUCAGAUUCCUCCUCAAUUCCGAGAAUCGAGGAAGAGAAACCCGAAGAUGAGGUUCCAUCCUCCAGUGUGCCUGCAGUUCAAGUGCCAACUUCAAUCUAUCAGACCAGCAGUGGCCAAUACAUUGCCAUCACCCAGGGGGGAGCCAUCCAGAUAACCAGCCCAGGCAGUGAGGGUCUGCAGGGCGUACAGACUCUGGCCAUGUCCAACUCUGGUACACCCCAGAUCCUGCAGUAUGCAACCCAGGCAGGGGACUCAGGACAGCAGUUCUUCUCUGUACAAGGUGGCCAGGUGGUGAUACAAGCUGCCACUGGAGAUAUGCCAGCAUACCAGCUCCGUUCGCCCACCUCGUCGGGCCUGCCCCAGGGUCUGGUGAUGGCUGCGUCCCCAGGCUCCCUGACCAUGCACAAUCCCCCGGUGCACACUGAGGAGGUAACACGCAAAAGGGAGGUCCGCCUCAUGAAGAACAGGGAGGCUGCAAGGGAGUGCCGCAAGAAAAAGAAAGAGUAUGUCAAGUGUCUGGAGAACCGUGUGGCCGUGCUGGAAAACCAAAACAAGACCCUCAUUGAGGAACUCAAAGCGCUAAAGGACAUUUACUGCCACAAGAAUGAGUAGCUGAGUAGCUGCUCUCAGCCUUGUGCCAGGAGAGAGAGAGAUCCUACUGAGAAUGCACAGAGUGGAGUUUACAGAUUGACUGCUGUAAAAAAAAGACUCUGGGACGAAAACUACUUUCACUGUCUUUGUUUCUCGUUUACUCCGCUUGUUUGGGCCCAGUCAAUUUGAUGCUGCACCGGAGGUUGUUAGGUGGCCGUAGGCUUGUGCUCUCCGGGCUGAAGUCAAGUCUUGCUCCGGACAGGACCCCUGUCUGUCCUUGCGCUUGUAUGUGAAUACACAAGUGACGCCCAGCCGCGUUUGCUUCUGCUGUUUGCAGGGAGGCAGCCAAUGAGAUGCUAGCCUGCAGAGGAAGAGGAAGUAGAUAUGCUUCCUGAAGGCACACCGCUCACCACCACUGGUUCACCGCAUUUGAGAAGCAGAAGCUGCGAAAGAGCCUCACUAUCAGCCAGCAAGUUCACAUUAAGUGCACACAGACUCACCAGCAAGCCAACCUACUACAGCCGGACUCUGUUUGUGCUGUCAUGCCAACUCCUUGUUACUUUUUUAUCACAUUUGGCUUGACAAUGAAAGCAUUUGAGUUGGCAAGAGUACAACCAGAUCUGGGACCAGGCUAAACCUAUAUAUCUUUACUUGUCACUGCUAGCUACAGUUGUUCUCCUUAUAUUACUGUACUUCUCUGCUCACCUUGGCUGUUGUCAACAUACCUUUGUUAAAUCAGAUGGUCCUCUUCUUUCAGGACAGUGUGAUGAGUAAAUACACUUUCCGAAAUUAUUAGAGUUUUGAAAUUCUAUAUUUGUCCUUUUGACUGUCAAUCGGGGUUGUCUAAUGACUUCACGUGUUACCUGAAUCAAUGUGUAAAACCCAGUAUCGAGGAUGUGAGUAUACGCCUUUCACUUGGUCUCUUUUCAAACAACACAGUUCAAUUUAAAAUGUCAAAUUAACAUGGCGUGGCCCUCGGAUGAGUGUAUAUAAAAUAAUUAUAUAUUUCUAGCCAUUGGAGGAAUCUUAUCUCACCAAGACCAUCUUGAAAUGACUACUGCUUUACCACACAAAAUUGCUACAUUUGAUGUUCACUGAAUCUCUCACCAGUCGUUGUCCCUUUUGUCUGUCUGUCUCGGAACAGUACUGUGCGGUGCCAGUGUACUGUACAAAAUACGCACUGAAAGUGCUGAUAAGCUGACGUUUGGGUAUUUUGAUACUCGUUAUAAAAGUUUUAUGUGAAUUAGUUGAUCAUAACAAAUAAGAUAUGGCCCAAAUGGCCCACUAUUUUCUUUAUAGUGCACUACUUUUGACCUGAGUUCUUUGGGCCCAGGUCAAAAUUAGUGCACUAAAUAAGUAAUAGUGUGCCAGUUGGCAUGUAAAAAUAGAGUUCAUGACUGCUCUGUUUGAAAGGUAUGUCCAUGAGAGCACAGACCUGACUAUGAUGAUGAUGAUGAUGAUGUAGCUUUGUUUUCUUUCCUCACACCAGUUCUGCUUGCAGUGAUUUUGCAACCUCCCGCUUGCUUUGAAUUUCCUGAUAACCUUUCUGUUUACAGGUAUAUGUCAUUUGGUAUAUGUCCUUUGGUAUAUGUCCUUUGGUAUAUGUCAUUUGGUAUAUGUCAUUUGGUAUAUGUCCUUUGGUAUAUGUCAUUUGGUAUAUGUCCUUUGGUAUAUGUCAUUUGGUAUAUGUCCUUUGGUAUAUGUCCUUUGGUAUAUGUCCUUUGGUAUAUGUCCUUUGGUAUAUGUCAUUUGGUAUAUGUCCUUUGGUAUAUGUCCUUUGGUAUAUGUCAUUUGGUAUAUGUCCUUUGGUAUAUGUCCUUUGGUAUAUGUCCUUUGGUAUAUGUCCUUUGGUAUAUGUCAUUUGGUAUAUGUCAUUUGGUAUAUGUCCUUUGGUAUAUGUCCUUUGGUAAAUGUCCUUUGGUAUAUGUCCUUUGGUAUAUGUCCUUUGGUAUAUGUCCUUUGGUAUAUGUCCUUUGGUAUAUGUCCUUUGGUAUAUGUCCUUUGGUAUAUGUCAUUUGGUAUAUGUCAUUUGGUAUAUGUCCUUUGGUAUAUGUCAUUUGGUAUAUGUCCUUUGGUAUAUGUCAUUUGGUAUAUGUCCUUUGGUAUAUGUCCUUUGGUAUAUGUCCUUUGGUAUAUGUCCUUUGGUAUAUGUCCUUUGGUAUAUGUCAUUUGGUAUAUGUCCUUUGGUAUAUGUCAUUUGGUAAAUGUCCUUUGUAUGUUUUUUUGUCAGGCCAGUGGUUAUACAAUUCAGGUGGGAUGUAAACUACAUUUGAUCUCAGUAAAUGUUUUGGAUAGAAUUGAAAAGUAUGUCAAACAGGAUAGCUCUUAAAACCAGAUGUUCACCUCAUGUGUAUUGAUCCCUCUUAUGUUUGAAGAUUGUCAAAAUAUACUAUUUCUAAUAAAAUGUCCAUACCACA